AAAUUGCCAACCGAGCACUCUAAAGCCAAAUAUAUAUUCGCUUCCUUCCUCUUCAUGCAUUAGCAUUUUGUCAAUUUAGACUUUUCCUCCGCAGCCCUCCUCUGCCUACGCCGCCAUGGUAGUGUUGUCUCAGCCAGUUGUUGAAAAUUUUGCUCACAUCAAAACAUGUAAGCCCACCUCUAACAUUUUCACUGAAAUUCCAGUAGUAAGUCUCUUAGACCCUGAUGCUAAAACCCUCAUAGUCGAGGCCUGCAAAGAAUUUGGAUUCUUCAAAGUGAUCAACCAUGGAGUUCCAACGGAGUUCAUAGCCCAACUAGAAGAUGAAACUGUAAAGUUUUUCAAUUUACCACUGCCCGAAAAAGAAAAGUCGGGCCUUCCUAAUCAUUUUGGCUAUGGUAACAAAAAAAUCGGCCAGAAUGGUGAUGUGGGUUGGGUUGAGUAUCUUCUCUUUAGCACCAACCCUGAACUUUUCUCCCCGAAAGGAAAAUUCAUUCUCCCAGGAAUUUCAGAAUCUUUCUGGUCUUUUGUGAAUGAAUAUGUGUCAGCAAUGAGAAAUAUGGCAUGUGAGGUACUGGAAAUGAUAGCAGAGGAACUGAAAAUUGAGCCAAGAGACAUUCUGAGCAAGCUGUUAAGAGAUGAGAAAAGUGAUAAUUGUUUCAGGCUAAACCAUUAUCCGCCAUGCUCAGAGCUUCAAGCAUUGAGUGGUCGAAAUUUAAUAGGUUUUGGAGAUCAUACAGACCCACAAAUAAUAUCUAUAAUAAGAUCUAACAACACAUCAGGCCUGCAAAUCGCUCUGAAAGAUGGUACAUGGGUCUCAGUCCCACCUGAUCACUCCUCCUUUUUCAUCAAUGUCGGCGAUUCAUUGCAGGUACUCACCAACGGGAGGUUUAGGAGUGUAAGGCACAGAGUUUUGGCUGGCAGUUUGAAUUCUCGAAUUUCCAUGAUUUUCUUCGGAGGACCACCUUUGACUGAAAAGAUUACACCUUUAUCAUCAAUAAUGGAACAAGGAGAAGAAAGUUUGUACAAUGAAUUCACAUGGUACGACUACAAGAAAGCAGCCUACAAAACAAGAUUAAGUGACAACAAGCUAGGGUUUUUCGAAAAAUCUUUUGCCCAUAAUUAAUAAUCAAAUUCAAAAAGAGGUCUAUUGAAUAUGUUGACCCAAGGGACUUGCCAUAGGAGGAAAGAAAUAUGUUUUUAUUUUCUUACUUUAAUUUCAUCACCUUAUUUUUCUUUUUGUGUUUAAUUGUAAUAACUGUCCCUGUCUACUAUUAGUGCAAAUGUUAUCUGCUCAUGUCAUCUUGUAUAAUAUUUCAGAGCAAUUCUCUUCUCC